CCGGGCAUGACUCUGCGAACACCACCGCCCUACCCCUCCCCACCCCCUACGCCCGCCAGGCACGAUGGAGAAGGUUACGGAUAAGAUCAAAGCCCUGCCCGAUGGCGCCAAUUACUUCUCGCUUGAGUUCUUCCCGCCGAAGACGUCCAUGGGCUUCGCGAAUCUUCAGACACGGCUAGAGCGCAUGUCUCAGGCUCUACGACCGCUUUUCGUAACAGUCACCUGGGGGGCUGGAGGCUCCACCGCGACGAAAUCGCUCGAGCUCGCCGAGAUAUGCCAGCGCCAACUGGGACUCACGACAUGCCUGCAUCUGACGUGCACAAACAUGAGCCGCUCGCUCAUCGACGAGGCGCUUGAACAAGCCAAGGUGUUGGGGAUGCGGAACAUUCUGGCCCUGCGUGGAGAUGCACCCCGGAGCAAGGAGUACCGAGAGGAGGGACAACUGCCAGAGGAAGACUCGAACAAUGAUUUUACGUGGGCAAUCGACCUGGUCAGGUACAUCAGGAGGCAGUACGGAGACUACUUUUGCAUUGGCGUUGCUGCGUAUCCCGAGGGCCACUCCGACGAGAGCCAUCCCGAGCAUCAGAGUCUCGAACACGAUUUACCGUACCUGGUCGAGAAGACGAAGGCCGGCGUCGACUUCAUCAUGACGCAGCUAUUCUUUGAUGUAGAGGCUUAUGAUAAGUUCGAGAAGGUGCUGAGAGACCAUGAAAGCGGAGCGUUCAAGACAAUACCCAUCAUACCAGGCUUGUUGCCAAUACAGUCAUACCAGAUCCUGCGCCGCGUCACGAAGCUGUCGCACGCAAAACUCCCCGCCGAUAUGCUCGCUCGACUGGACGCCGUGAAAGGCGAUGACGAGCUGGUCAAACAGGUCGGCGUUAAGGUUCUUGAUGAGGUUGUGGAACACCUCAAGAGGAACGCGGGCCCGGGGAAGAGAGGGUUCCAUUUCUACACGUUGAAUCUGGAGAAGGUGGUAUCGCAUAUUCUGGAAGAUUGUCAUCUCAUCCCGCAGCCGCUCGUGGAUGAGGACGAGGAGGCAAUCGAGACAACACCUGCUAUCAAUAUCUCACCGCCGAAUGGUGCCAUGGCGAACCACGAGCGACGACGUCUCUCUUCGUUCAACUCAAGUCCACACAACCGCGUUAUAAUACCCAGGCCUUCCGUUUCUAAGUCCAGCCACUCGUACGAAACAACCGAGACUGAGGCUGGCAUACCCAAGGAACCGAUCAACACGCGCGCCAACACGCUCGCUAUUUCGGAAGGCGAAGGCUCAUUAGGCCGAGAAGCUACAUGGGACGACUUCCCGAAUGGACGGUGGGGCGAUGCUCGCUCGCCAGCUUUCGGCGAGAUCGAUGGUUACGGACCAACCUUGCACGUCAGCACACCGCAAGCCCUCAAGUUGUGGGGUCAUCCAGUCGACAAAGACGACAUCUCGAACAUCUUCAAGCGGCAUAUUGAAGGGGACUUGGACGCCAUACCGUGGAGUGAGCAAGGCCUAAGUCCAGAGACAAGUACAAUCAGCAAAGAACUCCUCGCUCUCAAUGCCAAAGGCUGGUGGACAGUCGCGUCGCAGCCAGCGGUUAAUGGAGUCAAGUCUACCGAUCCCGUAUUCGGCUGGGGUCCUAGGAACGGCUUCGUCUUCCAGAAGCCCUUCGUAGAGUUCUUCAUUCCUUCAGCCGAUUGGAAGCAGCUGCAACCUCGUCUCAAAGCGCACAACCAAAUCACAUACUUCGCCGGCAACGCAAACGGCGACUUCGAAGCAAGCAGCGAGGACGGCGUGAAUCCAGUGACGUGGGGCACGUUUGCCGGAAAGGAGAUCGUCACGCCGACGAUUAUCGAGGCCGUGAGCUUCAGGAGCUGGAUGGAGGAGGCGUAUAGUAUCUGGAGGGAGUGGCAGAGGAUUUAUCCGCCGAAGAGCGCAACGAGCAGGCUGCUGGGCGAAUUGAGGGAAGACGUCUGGCUGGUGAAUGUUAUUUGGGGCGAUUUUGUGGAAGGGGAUGGGUUGUGGGAGUUUUUGACCGAGUAGUGCGGCGGGGGCUGUACUGUACUUUGCUGGAGAGGGAGAGCGGAGAUCGCGAAUUAGUUAACUAGCUAAUACCUUCAUCGCAUGGCUGGCUGUGAUGUGGGUUUCGUUAGGACCGCGGACACCCUGUGGACUGACGAUCUUCUAUUCUCGUUUCUGGGGCGCUGAGGGAGUUUGCGAGCUGGAGUCUAAGCGUUAGGAGGGCCGCGCUCUGAAGGUGUCCUGCGUCUCGGACUAUCGCGAAGACCCUUUCUUGGAAAGAAGUAUAUGUUGAGAAGUGGAGGCGGGUACUGGGUGUGCUUAUGUAAUGGAUUUGGGGAGCAUGGACUCAACCUUCGCCUCGCUUUUCCACUACAACCUCUUCUUAUUAUCUCAGCACCCGGCACAACACAAAUAGAGGAUACAGGGGAGUUUUAUGGGAAUUCAUUAACGCAGUAGGG